AUGUCCCAAAGUGAAACAGCGUCUCCGACAGGCGAUUCAAAGGGCCGGGUCAGGCGUCUGAAGGCGUGCAAACAGUGUCACGGCCUAAAGGUGAGAUGUACACCCGUGGAUGAAAACGACCCAGCUUCGCCUUGUGUGCGGUGUGUCAACUCUAACAAGGUCUGUGAGAUGGAUCUAGACCAGCCUCGCAAGCGGAAAAAAAGAAGCACCAAUAAAGAAGCUUCUACAGUGGCAGAGCUUCGAGAGCAAGUGCGAGAGCUUCAAGAAAAGCUUUUGAUCCUGCAACGGCAAAAUCUAGCGGCCGAGAACCAUAUCAAGAACGAAGCGGGUCCCAGCCCUAGUAUGGCGAACCACUCGCCUGCCCAGUCAAGUACUGGAGCGCCUGACGUUGACUCGCCAUUAUUUAUAUCCAAGAGCGACUUGGAAAAAGAGCUUGCUUUACUCUGCGAGGAAAAUGUCACCUUGAGGGAAAUCACAGAGGAAAUCAGACGUAAUGCUGACCGCCGCCAGGAAAUGUUGUACCGGGACAAACAGCUCGAUGUAGUUUCCCUUGGCAUAAUAUCCAUGGAUGAGGCAGAGCUACGGCUCCGUGUUUACCGCGAUCACUUGUACGCUGCCAACCCUUUGGUUGCCCUUCCUUCUGAUGCAACAGUGGAAUCAAUGAUCGCUAACCAACCUUUCAUGUUUAACACCAUCAUGUCUAUCACAUGUAUGGGCAUGCAGAGUCUGGUUAACCCAGACGUCAGUCUUGCCUUGGAAAACCAGGCAGUCAGCUCUGUAGUGACAGAAGUGAUGGUUGCAGGGAAAAAGACAGUGGAGCUUCUCAAAUGUCUCAUUCUUUUAUCCUUGUGGUAUAACAGCCCUGAGCUCUUCAAACUGAGAAGGUACCAUAUUCUUAAUAACGUUGCAGUGACACUUUUGCACGAUUUGGGAAUAGUCAAUAGGGCCUCGUUCGAUUAUAGUGGUGAUACACAGGUCAUUCAAAAGAAAGAAGAGCAAUAUCGAAGCUUGGAAUACCGAGCAUUGAUCAUGAUUCUUUAUUUCAGCACAGUCAACAUUUGUUUAAUUCUUCGUCGGGCAGUUUUCGUGAAAUGGACCCCAUAUGUUGACGAGUGUUGUGAGUUACUCGAGAAAUAUGGUGACCAACCGUACAAAGAGCUAGCAAUUUUUUCCAAACUUAAUUAUCAAUUGGGAGCGCAUUCAUCAUAUUGUCCACGCACCAGAGAAUUGUGA